CCUCGCGGCGGCGGGCUCAUGGCGCCGAGGGUGCACAGUCUCCUGCUGCUGGUGCUCUGGACGCUGACGGCUCCCGCCCGGCCCGGCCCCGAAGAAGAAGGCGAUGGAGGGUGGCAGCGGCGCGGAGCCGCCCUGGCGGCGGUGGCGGAAGAGGAGCACUGCACCGUGGAGCGCAGGGCCGACCUCAGCUACGCGGAGUUCGUUCAGCACUACGCCUUCUCCAGACCUGUCAUUCUGCAGGGACUCACAGACAAUUCAAGGUUCCGGGCUCUGUGCUCCCGCAAAAGGUUGCUGGCGUCAUUUGGGGACAACGUGAUUCGGCUGAGCACUGCCAACACCUACUCCUACCAGAAAGUGGACCUCCUCUUCCAGGAGUAUGUGGAGCAGCUGCACCCCCAGGACCCCACCUCCCUAGGCAAUGACACUCUGUACUUCUUUGGGGACAACAACUUCACUGAAUGGGCAUCACUUUUUCAGCAUUACAUCCCACCCCCAUUUGGUCUGCUAGGUACCACUCCUGCUUACAGCUUUGGGAUCGCAGGAACUGGCUCUGGGGUGCCCUUCCACUGGCAUGGGCCUGGGUUCUCAGAAGUGAUCUACGGACGAAAGCGCUGGUUCCUAUAUCCCCCUGAGAAGACACCCGAGUUCCACCCCAAUAAGACCACUCUGGCCUGGCUCCAGGACACCUACCCAGCCCUGACACCAUCUGCACGGCCCUUGGAGUGCACCAUCCAGGCUGGUGAGGUUCUGUAUUUCCCUGACCGAUGGUGGCAUGCCACACUCAACCUCGAAACCAGUGUUUUCAUCUCUACCUUCCUCAGCUAGCCAGAGC